UUACUCAAACUCGCGUGAAGUGCACUAAAUAAAAAGAAAUAUAAAAUAUUAUUAAAUAUUAAGUUUCUAAAUGAAGAGCUUAUGGCUUACUGCGAAUUCGUUACGCCUAUGGUAUCACUGUUUCAUUAGAAAACGAUUGCCAAACGUGCAUAUUAAAGCUGUAAGGGCUGUUGCUGGUGAAUCCAUUCUGUGUUGGCCAAGUAUGACAUUGCCUAAAGGGUUGCGCCACGUGCAAACUCAGCACGGUGACGACACGGUGGAUGUACAAAACAUUUUUCUAUUCCGGUCGGACAUCAACAACAUAAAUACCGCCGCUUCAAUUGCCGACGGCGUCGGUGUCUCAACUGAGGCUCCGAGUGUUGCUGCUAAUGCGAAUGCUAAGGACAAAAUUGAAGAAUCGCAGUCCGUGUGGACUUAUGGAGUGAAUGAAGACUCCGCCAGUGAAUCAAAAACUGUUGCUGAACAAUUUUCCGAGCAAUUGGCAGAAAAGCGAAAGGCUCCCGAAGAAGACAUACCUGUUGAAGCGAAGAAACCAAAAUUGGAAACAAAAGAUCUUAAACUAACAAGGCCAGGUUUCAGUGAAGAAAGAUAUGAGGAGACUUCAUAUUAUAUAGAAAAUGGUUUGCGAAAGGUUUACCCUUAUUUUUUCACAUUCACAACCUUUACAAAGGGUCGCUGGGUUGGCGAGAAAAUUUUGGAUGUCUUUUCUCGGGAAUUCCGAGCGCAUCCUCCCGAGGAAUAUCAACGGAGCAUUGAGGCUGGAACAUUACAAGUGAACAACGAAAAGGUACCCAUAGACUACAAGCUAAAGCACAACGAUCUUCUCGCCAAUACGGUUCACAGACACGAAGUUCCUGUUACCUCACAGCAGAUUCAGAUUGUGUACAUGGACGAGGACAUUUUGGUUGUCAACAAACCAGCCUCAAUUCCGGUUCAUCCAUGUGGUCGCUAUAGACACAAUACGAUGAUUUUUAUACUUGCCAAAGAGUUCAAUCUAAAGAAUUUGCGGACGAUACACCGAUUAGAUCGCUUGACGUCUGGGCUCUUGCUUUUCGGCCGGACUUCAGAGAAAGCAAGGCAAAUGGAGCAACAGAUUCGGAACAGACAAGUUCAAAAAGAAUAUGUUUGUUGUGUUGAGGGCCAUUUUCCUGAUGGAAUUAUUGAGUGCAGUGAACCAAUUGAAGUCGUAAGCUAUAAAAUUGGAGUGUGCAAGGUGUCCCCGAAGGGUAAAGAUUGUAAAACAACCUUUCAAAAGAUAUCUCAAAUCGGUGAUUAUAGCAUUGUUCAAUGCAAACCUUUAACUGGACGAAUGCAUCAAAUCAGAGUUCACUUACAAUAUCUAGGCUACCCAAUUGUGAACGAUCCGUUAUACAACCAUGAGGUGUUCGGUCCCUUGAAGGGACGUGGAGGUGAUAUUGGUGGAAAAACUGCAGAUCAAUUAAUAAACGAUUUAAUUACUAUACACAACGCUGAAAAUUGGUUGGGCACAGAUGAUGCUCCAACUAUUCCACUUAAAAAGGUGGAUGACACAGUUUCAGCAAAUAUUAGUGUUGGUGCAUUGCCAACUAAGGACAAUGUAAUUCACCAGCCAAAGGUAAAAUAUUGUACAUUGAUUUCGAUUAAUAUUAAUUUGUUUUUAUGUUGUUUAUUUUCCCAGGUUACUGCAUCUGCUCAAACUGGCUAUGAGGCACCUGAUUGUACUUUUGACGCUGCCAAAGUAACAACAGAUCCCCAUUGUUUGGAAUGCAAGAUGAACUAUAGAGAUCCAAAUACAUCGGAUCUAGUGAUGUAUUUGCAUGCAUGGAAAUACAAAGGUAUUGGCUGGGAGUAUACCACAGAACUUCCGAGCUGGGCUACCAUGGACGAAAAUAAUUUGCUUUUGAACUUGAGGAACAAAAAUUGCUAAAUGCACAUAAACAUACAUAUGUUUAUACACAUAUAUAAUAUUAUAUUAUAUUUGUAAUAAGCAAAUGCCUGGUUGAUCCUAAAAUAUGAGAAAGGAUUACAAAUAUGAAAUGUAAAAUAUAAAGAUCAUAUAAUGUGACCCGACAAUAUGACAACAUUAUCUUAUUUGAGAGCAUUUUCAAAUGUAUUUUUGUCA